AUGUCAUUUCCAUCAUCAAGUGAUUUAGAUGGUACUUGGUCAUUUAUUCAACCUAGUCUAGGAUUAAUUCUUGGUGCCCUGGGGGAUCAAGGAGUUACUCCUGCUGUAUAUAUGAAUUGUUAUACGGCAGUUUAUAACUAUUGUACCAAUAAAUCACGAAACUCAUCAUUAGCAAAUAACAAUAACGCUGUUAAUAAUUCAUAUUCAUUAGCAGGAGCUGAGAUUUAUGCCAAAUUAGAAGCUUACUUGGUUAAAUUCAUAACUGGUUUAACUCAAGAUGCUAAUGAAUCGUUUUUGGAGUUUUAUGUUCGUAAAUGGAAAAGAUUCACCAUAGGUGCUGGAUAUAUGAAUAAUGUUUUUGAUUAUAUGAACCGUUAUUGGGUUCAAAAAGAGAGAAGUGAUGGUAGAAGAGAUGUUUUCGAUGUUUCAACAUUAUGUAUCUUACAAUGGAAAACUCAUAUGUUUACUAAUAAUGCUGAUAAAUUAAUCAAUGAAACUUUGGUUCAAAUUGAAUUACAAAGAAAUAAUCAAAUCGUAGAUACUAAUUUGAUUUCUGUAGCUAUUAAAUCAUUAGUUUAUUUAGGUAUUGAUAUUCAAGAUUUAAAGAAACCAAACUUAGUGGUUUAUAUCAAUAAUUUUGAAAAAUCUUACUUGGAAAAAACUGCUAUUUACUAUAAAAAUGAAAGUGAUGACUUUUUAUCAAAACAUAACGUUGUUGAUUAUAUGAAGAAAUGUGAAACAAGAUUAAAUGAAGAAAUUUCAAGAUCUAAUAAUUAUUUAGAAGAUCAUACUAAAAAAGCAUUGUUAGUAACAUUAUAUGAUGUUUUAAUCAAACAACAUGCCGAACAAAUGUAUGAUCAAUUUUUAACUUUAUUGGAAAAUAAUGAAACUGAUCAUAUUCAAAGAAUGUAUAAAUUAUUAUCCAAAGUCCCCAGUACUUUACAGCCUUUAGCUGAUGCGUUGGAAAAUUAUAUCAAAAAUGAAGCUUCAAAAGUAAUUGAAGAAAUCAAAAAAGGUAAUGAUCAAUCUAUGGAAGACGGUGAAGAUGCUCCUAAAAAGAAAUCAGGUUCUAAUGCACCAAAUCCAAAAGUUUAUGUUCACAGUUUGAUUGCAGUUUAUUUGAAAUUUAAUGAAGUCGUUGAUAAUGCAUUCCAUAAAGAUCCAAUUUUUAUCAAAUCUUUGGAUAAUGCAUGUCGUUAUUUUGUUAAUAGGAAUUCGAUUGCUGCAUCAGGACCAAAAGCUCCAUCUAAAACUCCAGAUAUUUUGGCUAAAUAUGCUGAUUCAUUCUUAAAAUCAAGUGCAAAAGAAGCUGAAACUAUAGAUAUGAAUGCAGAAAAUUUAAUGAUUAUAUUCAAAUUUGUUGAAGAAAAAGAUGCUUUCGAAGAACAUUAUCGUAGAAUGUUAGCUAAAAGAUUGAUUAAUAAUACUAGUAAAUCUGAAGAAUUAGAAGAAAGUGUUUUAAAACGAUUACAAGAAGAAAAUUCUUUAGAAUAUACUACUAAAAUGUCUAAAAUGUUUGCUGAUAUGAAACAAUCUGAAGAUUUGAAAUUAAAAAUGAAAGAUAGAUUAGAUAACAAUUUAGUUAAAGAAUUUGUCCCUUACAUUUUAGCUAAUAGUAUGUGGCCCUUCAGUAAAAAUGAUGAUUAUCAAUUAAAUUUACCUAUAGAAUUACAAUCCAUUUUAGAUAAUUUCAAGAAACUUUAUGAAGAAAGUCAUAAUGGUAGACAAUUAACAUGGUUAUGGAAUCAUGGUAGAAAUGAAGUUAAAGCUAACUUAUCGAGAAAGGGUAAACCUCCUUUCACAUUUAUUGUUACCAAUGUUCAAUUGAUGAUUUUAUUAGCAUUCAACAAGAAAAAGACUUAUUCAUUUGGAGAAUUACUUGAAUUACUUGGUACUAUACCAACAAUCUUAGAUAAUCAAAUUGCUCCAAUGGCAAAAUAUAAAUUAUUAGAACAAAAUCCUCCAGGUUUAGAACAUCAGAACAAACCCGAUACCACAUUUACAAUUGUUGAUGAAUAUAAAUCACGUAAAUUGAAAGUGAAUUUCGUUAGUUCAUUAAGAAAUGAACAAAAACAAGAAGAUGAUGAUGCAAAGAAAGAAUUAGAUGAAUCUCGUAAGAAUUAUCUUAGUGCUUGUAUUGUCAGAAUAAUGAAAGCUAGAAAGACUGCAAGUCAUAAUGAAUUAUAUAAUGAAGUAGUUACUCAAUCAUUAUCAAGAUUUCAUGCUAGAAACAUAGAUGUUAAGAAGGUUAUUUCUCAUUUGAUUGAUAAAGAAUUCUUAAAGCGUAUUGAUAAUAAUACUUAUGAAUAUUUAGCAUGA